GAGCAAGGCGGCCACUUUGACAGUCUUCUCAUGCUGCCUCUGCCACCUUCUUAGCAAGAAGAUACCAUUUCAACUUCAACACAGCAUGAUCGAAACAUACAGCCAACCUUCUCCCCGAUCUGUGGCCACUGGACAGCCCGCCAGCAUGAAAAUUUUUAUGUAUUUACUUACUAUUUUUCUUAUCACCCAGAUGAUUGGCUCAGCAUUUUUUGCUGUGUAUCUUCAUAGAAGGUUGGACAAGAUAGAAGAUGAAAGGAGUCUUCAUGAGGAUUUUGUAUUCAUGAAAACAAUACAGAGAUGCAACAAAGGAGAAGGGCCCUUAUCCUUGCUGAACUGUGAGGAGAUUAGAAGCCAGUUUGAAGGUUUCGUCAAGGAAAUAAUUCUAAACAAAGAGAAGAAGAAAGAAAACAGCUAUGAAAUGCAAAAAGGUGAUCAGAAUCCUCAAAUUGCAGCACAUGUCAUAAGUGAGGCCAGUGGCAAAACAGCAUCUGUUCUACAGUGGGCUGAAAAAGGAUACUACACCAUGAGCAACAACUUGGUAACUCUCGAAAAUGGGAAACAGCUCACCGUUAAAAGACAAGGACUCUAUUAUAUCUAUGCCCAAGUCACCUUCUGCUCUAACCGGGAAGCUUCGAGUCAAGCUCCAUUUAUAGCCAGCCUCUGCCUGAGGUCCACGGGUGGAUCUGAGAGAAUCUUGCUCAGAGCGGCAAAUACCCACAGUUCCUCCAAAGCUUGUGAGCAGCAAUCCAUCCACUUGGGAGGAGUGUUUGAAUUGCAAGCAGGUGCUUCGGUGUUUGUCAAUGUGACUGAUCCAAGCCAAGUGAGCCACGGGACUGGCUUCACAUCCUUUGGCCUGCUCAAACUCUGAACAGUAUAACCUUGCAGCGCAGCAGUUAACACCACCCCCUGCUGAACUGCCUAUUUAUAACCCUAGGAUCCUCCUCGUGGAGAACUAUUUAUUAUACACGCAGGGCAUGUAGGGCUGUAAUAAGUGAAUUACAGGGCAUGGGAAACCCAAACGGGCCCUGCUCCAUAAGAGCUUAUAUUCUGAAGCAGCAACCCCACUGAUACAGACAUCCAGAGGGUCCUAUGAAAACACAAGGCCACUAUGCACAAACUGAAUUCUGAGUAAACAGCAGAUAAUUAGCCAA